CGUAUAAGACUGCGCGCCACCCUGCAGGUCUGUUCAUCAAGACAACACCAGGGUUCGCCGCGCGUAGGCAAUUUACCCAACACUCCGUUGGGGCGAGCACGUUGUUUAAGGUAAGACAUUUAUUUUCAUUGCAUAUCUCUCCGCCCUUUGAUCAACGUUCAUUGGAUACCAUUUUCUGAUCAAGAAAUAGGCCAGGUAACUUUGACUCAAUCCCGUUUUUCCGUUUCGAAAAUGGGUUGACAAAAAGAAAAUCCCCAAAAGUUUAGAAAGUGGUAUAACAACAUAGGGCAAGGAUGUAAACAUCAUGCAAUGCGAAAAGCUUUUGAUCUUUUAUCGCGAAAACUACAUUUGAUAUUUAAAAUCUAACAAAGUUAAUAAUAAUAAUAAUAAUAUAUAUAUAUAUAUUUAUAUAUAUAUAUUAUUAUUAUUAAUAUAUAUAUGUUACUAGCCAAUGUACUCGGCAUUGUUCGGGUUCGUAUUCGUAAAAAUUAUCAUAACGGGUUAUCAGCGAACACGUAGUCAAGAUUGCUCCCGAAAGUAGAUAUCAAAAUUUUAAAUUUCUCACACAACAGGCCAGAAUUCUUGUAAACAAUGCAAUUUGGUAAAAUAGAAAAUCUGGUAGGUGUCUUAACAAAUCAAACUAUUUUGUUGAGCCACAUUCUGGCUGAAUGUCAUGGCACCAACCAUAUGUUUAUUUCCUGGUGCUGAAUGUGAUCCAUUCAAGUUUUGUCAACAGCUCUCAUCAAAAUCUCAUCUUGCAGACGAUUUUUUUUUUCCUCUCGAGGAUUUUAUUCAGAGCCCAAGUUUUGACUCUGCGUGACACAUCCGUAUGAUUUUUCGGAUGUUAGUAAAAAACAAUGCUCAUUAAUUUAUUUGUUCCGGCAGUUUAGAAGUUUAUAAUCAAUGUGCCCCAUUCCAUAUUUUGCCUGAAUGCUCUUUGGGGCUAAAUCUCAAACAUGUGUUUCUCCCUUCUCCUUUCUCAACACACAUAUUAUAUAAAGGUGGCAAAUAACUCUUUAUACAUGCAACUGAACUGUUUGAUACUUCUAAGAAUGUGCAUCCCCAUAUACAACGCGAAUGAACUUAAGUUUAUUAAAAAUAAACCGUUUAUUUCCAUUUAUUAAAAGGAUAAUGUUGACGACAAAAAUCAACUUCUAAUUCCUACAGCGUAAUAAAUGACAGCGUACACGUGCAUUUAUGUAUAUGUCAAGUGUACGCGUACAUUUAUGGAUCUGUCAAAAAACACUUUGCAAAAAAAUUUAAAAAUUAAAGUUCAAAGUUUACAAAUACAAAAAGCAAGAUUUAAACAAACUUUUGUAAACAAACUAUUGUAGAGAGUUCAGCUCAGGUGUUUGGCCAAUUGAGACGUGUAGCAGAUAAAUUAAGACGUGGAAUGCAGGGGGAUGUCAACGGUGCGGGGUAAACCCACAGUCAAAGACUGACCAACAAGCACGCGCAUAAGAUUGCAGCAGACGCUGACCGCAGAGAAAUUAAAACGAGGAAUGCAGCGGGCAGGGAUUAGGGGGGGGGGGGCAAAACCCACGGUCGGAAACUGGCGAAUCACACGCGCAGAGGAUUGUAGUAGACGCCACAGACCCAGAAAGCACGCGUUUGCCGGGAAAUUGGUAUAGUCAAGACUUUAUAGAGAAAUUAAAACGAGGAAUGCAGGGGGCAGGGAUUAGGGGGGGGGGGGCAAAACCCACGGUCGGAAACUGGCGAAUCACACGCGCAGAGGAUUGUAGUAGACGCCACAGACCCAGAAAGCACGCGUUUGACGGGAAAUUGGUAUAGUCAAGACUUUAGAAGGCAGGGGAGGUAAUCAGGCAGGUGUGAGAGAGAAAACAAACGGUACCAAGAUUCGACUUUAGAAUAGCACGGGGAAGUAAUCUCUAGAGACACCUCGGUCGGCUCGUGGACCUAUAAGAGGGUACGGUUAGAUUUGAGGUAGGGAGAACCAUGAGCUAAGGAGAGUAAAGCAGAGACAAGCCGAGCGAAGCGGAGUACGCCAAGUGAGCGAAGCCGGAGAGUGUUAGUUGAGCUGAGGGCGGGCCGGACAGUCUAGUGGCCAGGGUAGACAUGAGGAGACACAAACCCGAGACAUUCAGAGCAGAAUUGCAAAGUCUUGAUUGUCGAUCAGAGCCAAAAAAGUGAAGUCUAACAGUCAAUGUGUGUUGCAGUAAGAAAGACAGAGUGACAGAGGUUACCAUCCUCAGAAAGUAGAUUGAGAAACGAGUUGAGAUAAGGACGAUUUCCUUACAAUAUUAUGACCAUUCAUUUUCAGUCUGUAUUCAAGCAUUAGACUUUCCUCCUACUUCGUUGAGGGAAUUUUAACUAUUUUUCCCCCUCUUUCCUUCUGUGUUUCAAUCCAGGUCUGUUUUCUAAAACUUUAUAAUUCCCCCACCCCCACACACCUUUUUUUCUUUGCAGGUUUAAAAACCAUGGCACUGUUCGGAUUGGCGUUGUUUCUUUUGUUAGCUGCCGAGACCAUCGAUGCGUGAGUUCUCUGAGCUCUAUGAGUCACUGCUAUAAUUAUUCGUCAUUCUUUUAAGAUGAUCUUUUUACGCAUCGGUUAUUUCAUAAAGUAAAUGCUUUUCAACGAGCUUCAUCAUUCCACAGGGAAAAUAAAUGAUCGAUUUAAGCCUUUUUUAAUCUACUGAAGUAUAGCGGAUCCCUGAAAUAGCGCUUCUGAAACGUGUAUUUCAGUUGUUUAGAAAAAAACACUAAUUCUUAUCUAAAUUGAAACAACUUUAAUCCAUGGUGGCCACUAUGUUAUAUAUAAUUUCUAAAAUGUAUUUCAGUUAAUUAUCUAAAUUGUAACAACUUUAAUCGAUGGUGGCCACUAUGUUAUAUAUAAUAUCUAAAUUGUGUUUCAUUUAAUGAUCUCGAAUGAGAUAUACAUUUUAAGCCGCUCCACGUUUGAAGAAUUUGGAAUGCAGGCAACUUUUGUUGUCAUUGUAUUCAUAAAGAGUUUUCCCCCGAACCAUAACGUCCCAUCGAAAGGGAUAUCGAGGUUAAUCGAAAUUUCUAAUCAAAUUAGGGUGUGUACCAUAACACAGUGAUGAAUUCAUUAUUUUUGUAUUAUGGCUUUGUAAAAUUAUUAUCAAUCAUGACAGUUAAACAAAGAAGUUAUUUCUUUCUUUUUUUUUUUUUUUUUUUUUUUUUUUUUUUUUAUAUAUUUUUUUUUAAUUUUUUUUUUUUUUUUUUUUUUUUUUUUUUUACUUUUUGAAAUAAUUUAUUAUAAAUGUUUUGUGUUCAAAUUGGUCUAUUUAUGUGCUGAAAAUGCAUAAUACAAUCAUAAAAUAUUUCCAUUUGUCUGGAUCAAUGAGAGAACCUAAUCUUAUCUUAUAAAAGACCUCUUUUUUAAGAUGAGCAGUUUUUAAUGUUAUUUAAGAAUAACACACAAUAAAAUUAAAAAUUGCCAAUAUUGGGAAUAGUAUUGUUAAAUAACAUAAAAUUAUUUGGAAAUGUUAUUGUUGAAUAACACCUCUUUGCUAGAUAAAAAUAGUCUAUAUGUCAAGCUCCGCUAGGCUCCAUGCUAUUGAAACUUUAUUAAAGUUGCUACUAUUCUCAAAUACCUUCUGCGUGCAGUUCUAGAUUUAACAAACAAAAGUUACUUGCAUAUUUCUGCUCGCCAAGUCCUAAUUAUAAGUAUACGAUGUGAUCCAUUACAUAAGCUGACGGUUUUAAAAUAUCAAAUUUUCAAAUUUUUAAAUAACAAAACGUUGCGGAAAAAAAAUCAACAAAUCACACAUACAGAAAAGGUGAACACACAUUGUAUAACAAAUAGUUAAUUCUAAAACAAAAAUAAUUGAGUUACUUUAAAAAAAAAAAAAAUUGAAAAAUUUCUUAUGUUCGUUACAAUGGAUCUACGCAAAGUCCUUCCAUCGAGAACAUUUGGUAUUCUUAUGGUCCAGUAUCACCAGUCUGGACAGUCAAUCAAUUUUGUGAAGGGGGGAUGGAAACUCUGGUAGUCAAUUUAAGGGCGCCCCUGUUAAGUUGUUCGGUUUUUUUUUGUUUUGAAAAUACUUAUACACCCCAUCAACGUUUUCUUCUCAUAUGUCUCUAAACAGACAAGGCAGUUAUUUCGUGACUUUCCCGCAGAGGCUGAUCCGUGGAUCGAACCUUGACGUCACCAUUGACAUCCUCCAGGAGGGCGUCACCGUGCCAGUCGAGGUCGCUCUGGAGACUAUUAUAUAUGAUUACUACUACGACUACUACGACUACUACUACAACAACUACUAUUAUUAUUACAACACUUUGCAAAGUAUUUCUGGGAAUUUCUCGAAAGGUGACGGUUCUCAUUCGACGUAAAGAUCUUCCUACAGGCGACUGAGCAUUUCCAAUUGUCUCUGUUCGUUGAAGAGAGGCUCGCUUGAUUCAAUUCCUUUCAAAAAAAAAAAUUCCUAAAGAAUUAGCCUCGUUAAACUCAAAGAGAGUGUCAGGGUGUUCUAAACAACCCUUAAAAAUACGUUUACCUUACUUCAUACUUCCUAGCAAUGAUCAGUAUUUUAUUUUGAUAUUACAAUAUUAUAAGAUGUACGGAUGCUUAUCAAUCACAUUUUCAAUUCGUUUCAAAAUUAUGAUUUGAUACUUAUUAACUUAAUAACAUGAAAUAAAUUAUCAUUAGGUUUUUUUUCUUCUUAAUUUGUUAUUUUUGUUGUUGUUUAUAAUUAGCAUGUUGCUUAUUUCUUUCAAGGUGUGACUGGAAAGCUCUCACUGCCAGUAAGUUUUUAUCAAAUAGUAUUUUCUUUUGUUAAAUCUAGUUUUCAGUUUUGUAAUUUGUAAAUGUAAUAACCUAUUUAUUGCUGGAUGCAUUCAGCAAUAGUUUCCAAUAAAAUAAAACAAAUUUAUCGACUGUAUCAACGCGUAAUAAAUGUAAUCACAGUUAAUAAGAUAAAAACGUAAUAAAGUAUGAAGAGAAUGCAGCAUGGGUAAAAGAGUAAGAGAGGGAAUACACCAUGGGUAAGAAGUAAGAGAGGGAAUACAACAAGGGUUUAGAAGUCAGAGCGAUGAAAAUAUUUUUAAAAAAAAUGUAAUCUUUUUCACUCUUGGUUGGUUCAAAUACAUGAUUACUAAAGCCAUAAUCAGUAGUCUUAUAAUUUAAUAAUUAUUAUUAUUUUGACUGUCGACUUUGGAGUUUUGUCUCACAGAUUAUGAUUAAGAAAUCCGAUAAUAUGUGUGCGCUCUGUACUAAUGCCUGACUUACGCCAAAGUGCUCUGUACUAAUGACUGACUUACGCCAAAGUGCUCUGUACUAAUGACUGACUUACGCCAAAGUGCUCUGUACUAAUGACUGACUUACGCCAAAGUGCUCUGUACUAAUGCAUGACUUACGCCUAAGUGCUCUGUACUAAUGACUGACUUACGCCAAAAUGCUCUGUACUAAUGACUGACUUACGCCUAAGUGCUCUGUACUAAUGACUGACUUACGCCAAAGUGCUCUGUACUAAUGCAUGACUUACGCCAAAGUGCUCUGUACUAAUGACUGACUUACGCCAAAGUGGUCUGUACUAAUGACUGAUUUACGCUUACUAAUGACUGACUUACGCCAAAGUGCUCUGUACUAAUGACUGACUUACGCCUACGUGCUCUGUACUAAUGACUGACUUACGCCAAAGUGCUCUGUACUAAUGCCUGACUUACGCCAAAGUGCUCUGUACUAAUGACUGACUUACGCCAAAGUGAUCUGUACUAAUGACUGAUUUACGCCAAAGUGACAUGUAAUAAUGACUGACGUCAAAGUGCUCUGUACUAAUGACUGACUUACGCCAAAGUGCCCUGUAUUAAUGACUGACGUCAAAGUGCUCUGUACUAAUGACUGACUUCCGCCAAGGUGCUCUGUACUAAUGACUGACUUCCGUCAAAGUGCUCUGUACUAAUGACUGACUUACGCCAAAGUGCUCUGUACUAAUGACUGACUUACGUCAAAGUGCCCUGUACUAAUGACUGACUGACGCCAAAGUGCUCUGUACUAAUGACUGACUUAAGCCAAAGUGCUCUGUACUAAUGACGUAUGCCAAAGUGCUCUGUACUAUUGACUGACUUACGCCAAAUUGCACUGUACUAAUGACUGACUUACGUCAAAGUGCUCUGUACUAAUAACUGAUUUAUGCCAAACUGCCAUGCAAUAAUGACUGACGUCAAAGUGCUCUGUACUAAUGACUGACUUACGCCAAAGUGCCCUGUAUUAAUGACUGACGCCAAAGUUCUCUGUACUAAUGACUGACGCGAAAGUGCUCUGUACUAAUGAAUGACUUCCGCCAAGGUUCUCUGUACUAAUGACUGAUGCCAAAGUGCUCUGUACUAAUGACUGACUUCCGCCAAGGUGCUCUGUACUAAUAACUGACGCCAAAGCGCUUUGUACUAAUGACUGAUGCCAAAGUGCUCUGUACCAUUGACUGACUUACGCCAAAGUGCUCUGUACUAAUAACUGACGCCAAAGUGCUUUGUACUAAUGACUGACGCCAAAGUGCUCUGUACUAAUGACUGACCUACGCUAAAGUGCUCUGUACUAAUGACUGACUUACGCCAAAGUGCUCUGUACUAAUGACGGAUGCCAAAGUGCUCUGUACUAAUGACUGACUUACGCCAAAGUGCUCUGUACUAAUGACUGACUUACGCCAAAGUGCUCUGUACUAAUAACUGACGCCAAAGUGCUUUGUACUAAUGACUGACUGACGCCAAAGUGCUCUGUACUAAUGACUGACAAGGAAAUUUUACCUUUCUCUCGUGACAUGUCAAGUCUGUUGACAUUUAAAGUAAGGUAACAUGUCUUUUCAUGGUCAAGUCAUGUCUGGUGUCAUUUUAACACUAAUUCACGUAAUAAUAGGGGUGUUGAAAUUUUGUUAACACUGUAAGUGAGUAGCCGUUCAGGGAGUAGCCGUUCAGGGAGUAGCCGCUCAGGGAGUAGCCGCUCAGGGAGUAGCCGCUCAGGGAGUAGCCGUUCAGUAAAACGCUGUCCUUAUGACUCACACAAAAACCUUUCAAUAAGUGGUGGGCCUGUUGUGAAGGUAAAUCAAUAAAGAUCAAAGUGCAAAUCGGCCUGCAGCGUACAGCAUGCUUUUGUUUAAUUUUCAAUUACAUAGCAACUCUAUCAAUUAAGUAGAUAACUUAUCAAUUAAGGGGCCAACCUAGCAAUUAAAUACCCAAACUAUCAGUUAAAUUGACAAAUUUUCUAUUAAAAAACAAACGAUCAAUCUAAUUUAAAGAAACUAAUUAAUUAAAGAAAAAAUUAAUAUUUAAAUAGCCGGCUUAUAAUUAAAUAGCAAACUUUUAGAUUAAAUAGCUAACUUAUCAAUUAGAAAGCCAACCUAUCAAUUAAAUAGAUAAAUUAUCAAUUACAUAGCUGAAUUAUCAAUUAAGUAGCCAACCUAUCAAUUCAAUAGCCAACUUAUCAAUUAAAAAGCCAACUUAUCAAUUAGGGUGCCAACUUAUUAAUUAAAUAGCUACCACACAAAUAGCUAAUUUAUCAAUUAAAUAGCCACUCUUUCAAUUAAAUAGAAAACUUAUCAAAUAAAUAGCUAACUUAUCAAUAAAAUAGACCACUAAUCAAUUAAAUAGCUAAGCAAUCAAUUAAUUAGCUAGAUUAUCAAUUAAAUAGACAAUCUAUAAUUUAAAUAGCCAACUUAUUGAUUAAACAUCUAACCAAGCAAGUAAAUAGGAAACUUAUUAAUUAAAUAUCAAUUUUAACAAUUACAUAGCCCAUUUACAAAUUGAGUGGCUAAGGUAUCAAUUAAAUAUCCAACUUAUCAAUUAAAUAGCAUCCUUAUUGUUUAAAUAGCAGGCGAAUCAAUUAAAUAGUUAAAUUAUCAAUUUAAUUGCCAAAUUAUCAAUUAAAUAGCCAACUUAUCAAUUAAAUAGCCAACUUAUCAAUUAAAUAGACAAGUUAUCAAUUAAAUAGACAACUUAUCAAUUUAAUAGUCAAAUUCUCAAUGAAAUGGCCAACUAAAGAAUUAGAUUGUCAAUUUUCCAAUUAAAUAGCCUGUGACAAAGGUUACUGUUGAAACGAUCAACAUUUUAACUAGAAGUCAUAAUCACUCUCUCAUUGUGCGUGCUUAAGUAGGAGAUGCAAGGGAUGACAUAACUGACGCGUCUAGUUCAUAUUUUUUUUAAAAAUUUUACGGAGUGUUUCAUCAUCUUUGAUUGAAAGAUAAUAAAUGAAGAACUGCAUUCGAAAGGCGAAAUUCGAUUUUUUUUUAAAAAAUAAGUGAUGAAUGAAUUCAGAAAUAUAUCCCUCGUAUAUUGUCGUGACUUGCUGUUCUCGUCUGAGAGCAAGAAGUAGAAACGUUCAUUACAAACCUGGGCCCCAGUGAGUUCUCGUUGUAAAACACAUUAGUGCAUAAAAUGGAUUGAUAUUGGAUAAAAUGUUGCGCCAAUCAUUUCAGUUUCCUCGUUUAGUAAUAUUUUAUAGACACACAGAGACGCAGUAGAGCGGCUUUGAAUAAAGGGACGAAAUCGAUCUUGACCUCUUAUUUAGCCGAGAUGACGAUGGUGGUUUAUGACGUAGCAAAGUUAGCUUCAUCAGGCCCGCACCUAAAAAGUUCUGGACCCCAGGAAGCUGACAGAGUUCGAGCCCCUUUUGCGUUGCAAAUAUGUGCGUACAUUUUUAAAACUCGAAAAAAGGGCGGGGCCUUAUCUAGCUCGGGCCCCUGACAAGUGCCAUGGUUGUGUCCCCCCCCCAACCCCCAACCCCGACAACUAGGUGCGAGCCUACUUUAAGGAUGUAAAGCAUAUCUAUUGUACGUCUUUAUGAAUAUUAAACUAAUGAAAAUGCAGCUAAUGGGUUAUGAAAAUGGUUAACUGCAGGGUCAGGUCAUGAGAUUGUUCAUUUCUUCAAAUACAGAUAGAUCCCAACGUAGAAUGUAAUGAAUGCAGGAUAAGUGUCAGAGGACAAGGCGCUUUGCAGUUUGAGAACAGUGCUUAUGUAUACUUCUACUGGGAGACCGUGAACAUUUUAAUACAAACGGACAAGGCAAUUUACAGACCAUCACAGACAGGUAUGGAGGAAUGGGAACGAAUGUGGUCGGCGGGGCCCGGGCGUUUUAUGCAUAAUGGCCCGGGGGGGGGGAGGGGGUGGUCUAGGCGGUGGCGGGGGCAGGGCUAAUUCUCGAUGCAUGGAUCAUUGAGUAUUGUUUAAAAUUCGUUUUCUUUGUGCGCCUAUAGGAUAAUGUAAAACGCCUUUGCUUGGGAGACCGUAAAAAUUUUAAUACAAAGGGAAAAGGCAAUUUACAGACCAUCACGGACAGGUAUGGAGGAAUGGGAACGAAUGGGGUCGGGGGGGCCCGGGCGUUUUAUGCAUAAGGGCCCGGGGGGGGGGAGGGGGUUUUCUAGGCGGUGGCGGGGGCAGGGCUAAUUCUCGAUGCAUGGAUCAUUGAGUAUUGUUUAAAAUUCGUUUUCUUUGUGCGCCUAUAGGAUAAUGUAAAACGCCUUUGCGUUUGCCACCAAAAGCGAGUUUUAUAUUUUCAACCAAAAAAAAAAAAAAAAAAAAAAAACCAAAAGAAGACAAAAAAAAAAAAAAAAAAAAAAAAAAAAAAUCCAAUAGAGCACAUGUAAACGAAUAGGAAGAGUAGUUUGAUCAUGAAGCAAGUUAAACAUGGAUCAACGUUUUUUUUUAUAUUCGACAGUUCAAUACAGGGUAUUGGCAGUUUACCCAGAUCUCAAAUUGUACACGGGAAAAUUCAACGUUGAGAUUAGAGUGAGUAUUUCCUGGUAGCCAUAAAACGACUUACUCCCCCCUCCCCCCCCCUAUUAAGUCAACAUAAUAAUUACGCCAAGUUCCCGUUUUCUUUUAAAAUAAGGGAGAUAACUAUUAAGAUUUUAAACUGUAAUCAGUCUGGGGCGUUUAAAAAUUAUGUUGAAUUAAAAAUGUUGGUUGAAGUUGUUGUUUUUUAGGGCAUUAAUCAGCAACAAUCAAGACAGCCAAACAUAAUUUCAUCACUCAACACAGACAUACAUACUGUCAUCACUCAACACAGACAAUCAUACCUUCAUCAAUCAACAAUGUGAAGAUAACAAACAAGAGGAGUGGUUAUGUGGAUGGGCUGCGGACACAACAGGAAGAUGCAAUUUCACACCUCAAGGACACAACCAACAUAAUACCACCCUUGGCCAGCAUAAAACAUUUAUGUGCCCCCUCUCCUGACAUCCAAAUGAAACAUUAAGACAUCAAAACUUCCACUGCCCGGUACUUCAGGACUUAAGCCUAAACUAGCUACCAAAAGUACCGACAAUAAUAUAAGCAGAGGCGACACUGAGCACGAAGCUCUUGACCAGCGCUCACGAAGAGCAGCUUCCACAGACCCAGUCCAGCGUCCCCAGACACAUCCCAGCGUCCCCAGACCCAGUCCAGCGUCCCCAGAACCAGUCCAGCGUCCCCAGACCCAGUCCAGAGUCUCCAGACCCAGUCCAGCGUCCCCAGACACAUCCCAGCGUCCCCAGACCCAGUCCAGCGUCCCCAGACCCAGUCCAGCGUCCCCAGACCCAGCCCAGCGUCCCCAGACCCAGUCCAGAGUCUCCAGACCCAGUCCAGCGUCCCCAGACACAUCCCAGCGUCCCCAGACACAUCCCAGCGUCCGCAGAUCGAGUCCAGCGUCCCCGUAACCGUUUAAAGCCGGACUGAGCCCGGAGGCCUCCCCGCUGCGAAAAGUACCAAAAGUACCAAAAGUACCAAAAGUACCAAAAGUACCAAAAGUACCAAAAGUACCAAAAGUAGCAGACUGCACCAAAGCCAUAUGUAAAAACAAAAACAAAAAGAAAGAAACAGCUGCGAAGGGUAUAUAAAUUCUUCACCAUGUACGGCAGGCCGAAAGGCACAAGCCAAAAUGACUACGGGAUCUGAAUGAGGAAGAAAUUGUAUUAGUGUAGUUUUCAUUUGAUUCAUAAUUAAUACGUGCACGUCAUUAAAACACAAAAUUACUUAAGCUAUUCAUGGUAAAAAGAAUAAUAAAAUGUAAUUUUUACCCCGCUCCCCCGGAAUUCGUUUCAUAAGGACACCUUUAUCUGACAUCCUUUGAAAGGGGUUGUGGAGAAUAAGAGAACUUUGAGAAAAGAGGUUUAUUAGACAGGGUUAGGCAUCUUGAUAAAUUAAUAGGUUCGCAGUAUAUGACGCUUGAUAGAUUCACAGCAAAGGAAAAUGACACAAUACUAGGACGUGUAUGCCAAAACAUGGGAUGGAAUUUAUAAUCUCAUGUUUAAAAUUGACAUUAUUGGAGCAACACUAAUUGACGCUUGUGACUUUAGAAGGAAAUUUUUAAUAUUGUAGAGGCGUCGGCCUGGUUGGUGCCCGGGUGGUGCACGGGUGGUUCAUUGGUGGUGGGGGGGAACCCACAGUGCGAUGGCGAGAGCUGACCAGCCUGGGUGCAGUUAGCGGUCAACAUGACAAUAAGGAGGCAAGGGUCGACUUUGGCAUUAAUAGAUCGAUGAGGCAUAGCUCGGGAACCAAGCCGACAAAGGGGUAAAACGCCAAGGGACAGAGGGUAUCGCGAAUAAGUUAGAGCUAUGACUUUUUGUACUCUGCUGUCAAUUGAGGAACGUCCAUGCAGACCCCGGGUUGAGACAUUGCAUAGGUGUCCGGGGGUAAUGGAUCGGCUUUGGGAGAAUGUUGCCUCUUUAACGUAGCAAGCCAAUAACCGUGGGAUACUAUUGGUGGGUGGUUUCUCGUAUGAUGAAGUCUGGAUAUAAGCUAGAGGUUUGGGGACACUCGAGAGAAGAGCCCAGUUAAGAUGUAGGCGUUGAGGAGGGCAAAGCACUGUGGGGGAACCAGAGCCCAGUUGAGAUGUAGCAGUUGGGAGAGAACGGUCGAGAGCAAAGCCGGACAGAAGUGGAGAUGAGGACAGACGUGAGAGGACAGUAACGAGAUAGAGAGACAAACACGGCAGCAAGAGUGGAGUCAAGGUCUUGAACGUGAACAGUAGAGCAGAUCAUUAAAGUGAAGUCUAACCAUCAACAUGUUAUUACCUGAUUGUGCAGUACGAGAGUCAAAGACUAAACGAGGUUACCAUCCACACAUAGUAGAUAGAGAAAACGAGAGACGGUUAUCUACAAUAUAUUUGUAUGCGUGCCUCAACCACUUCACUAAUUGUAUAAACCAGUACUUAAGUCGCCUUAUGAUUUUCCUUAUGAUUUUCCUUAUGAUUUUCCUUAUGAUUUUCCUUAUGAUUUUCCUUAUGAUUUUCCUUAUGAUUUUCCUUAUGAUUUUCCUGAUGAUUUUCCUGAUGAUUUUCCUUAUGAUUUUCCUUACUUUUCUUUUUAUUUUCCUUUAAAAAAUACUAACUUCGAUAAAAUUGCGGAACGCACUGAAAACAAAGUAAAAAGCAAUAAAAAAUAUUAUAACAUAAAAGAUAUGGUCUAAAUAAAUUUUUAAAAUCUUGAUGCGUCUUUUAACGUGUCAGAAAGGGCUUUAAAGCUGUCGAUCAUCAGCCUACAUGGUGUAAUACAUUAAAAAAAAAAAAAGUACAAAUCAAGAACUUUGCAUCUUAUUGAAAUUAAAUAUUUCGCAUAAAAAUAUUUUUUAAAGAUGUGGUGAACAUAUUUUAUUCUUCCACUAAGCCUUUGUCAAUGUAAAAAGUAUAUGAGUGCAAGAAAUGUGUACGUAUUUAUAGUCUAAAAACUGCACUGCACUAGCUGAAAAUGUCUCACCUUUGUAUUGUGGUCGAUAUCUAAAUGUUAAGUUUCAUUUCAAGAAAUCCCUAAUUUUUCCUCCAUUAAAAAAAAGAUCAGAAUAAUUUAUUUUUCUAAAACAGUAAAUUUAGCUCCACGUAAGAAUAUCGAAAGUGUAAACAAAGCUAGAAUUAAACCGCGUCAAAAUUGUUUCGUAAAGAAGAGUGAUUUAAAUUGUAUUUUUUUAUAAACCAGGACCCAAAUAACAACAAAAUCAAGGUCCUGCAAGGUCUGCAAGGGUCCUAUGCUGUGGUGGAAGGAAGCCUUGAUCUAAGCGACCUGCCUGCCUUUGGAACCUGGUCAUUAUCAGUAUCUUUAGAGGUAGGUUUUAUUUAUGUUUAUUGUAAAUCAUCCUGCAUGAAUUGUGUUGAUGAGAUUAACGAGAUGGUAUCUGAUUACAAACCACCAUUUAAAUGACGUCAUUUGCUUCCUCAAAAAUUUGUUGACGUAUUUAGCUUGGCACAAAGAAAUGAAUGUUUGAGAUUCCCUCACCAAGGGUAAGUUCAAUUAAAAGGUUGAUUUUCAAAUGAAUGUUAUUGAAGAUCAGUUGUGGUCUUGCUGUGGUGCAGCAAUCUUUAGUGGUGCAGCGCGAAUGCAAAUCUUGGGAAACCCACCCCAUCUUGGUGCAGUUGAAAUACAAUUCUCUUUGGACUAAUUCCGAGGAAAGAAAAAGUGGAGCACCCUAUCCAUGUACAUUGAAAUAUCCAGCAAUAUUACCAAUAUCCAGCAAUAUUACCAAUCCAUUCAUGUAGAGCUCAGAGCGUCAAACUUACUCAAUAAAACAACACCAUCCACGAUAAAUCCCAACUUUUAAGGCCCAUGGUAAUAUUUUCAAACAAAAUGUAAUUCUCAAGGCGAACUUACGCUUAUUAUCAUUUUGCAUGAUUAUCAUAUUUUUUUAAAAUCUCUGAUAGACCUUAAGAGACACUGCGACCCAAGCAUUUGAAGUUGCGGCUUAUGGUAAGUGAUUCACAAAAUGCCGCACACAUAUGCCAUAGACUCGUUUCGUGCAAUAUUUUGAUGAUUAUACAGAAAGAUAGACUUCAAAAUAUAAAUUUAAUCAUUUUGCCACUAAGAGAAAAUUCUAAACAAUCGAUACAGGUGGAACUUAAAAUACUUUUACCCUGCAUGUUGUAAUCAAAGCCAGGGGGAAAAAUCAACAACUGCUUACAUUUUUUAAGGUAAAUUAUCCCGUCACAAAGAAGUCCAAAAAAAAAAAUCAAAAAAAUCAUAAAUUCAUUAAAUAAAAUGAAAGCUUGUAUAUUUCAAUUUAAAAAAAAAAAUAAAUAUUUUUUUGCUUAGAUUUGCCCAUGUUCGAGGUGACGGUGGAGUUGCCUCCCUACGCCCUGUUAUACGACUAUGUGCUGACUGGCAAAGUCAAAGCAAUGUAAGUUUAAUAGGGCUGGACUCUUGCGAAUCUUUCAUAAGCCACGUGAUAACCGCAGGGGGCGAGCAGCAAUUUAUCUAAUAAAUUUCAAAUGUGUAUGUCUAGUAUACCUUUAUAUUAUGAAAAAUGUUUAGUUUCCUGUAUACUUGUAAACGUCCAGCUGCUGAUAUAUUAAGGUGAGGGAGCGUUGCUCAGUUCGUCAGCCCUCUCUCUCCCUCUCUCUCUCUGUCUCUCUCGCCCUUUCCUAUUCAUUCUGAUGGCAAGAUCAAGACUUAGACGUCUGGAAGUAGACAAGGAUGCAGUAGAUUACAAGCAUCUUUUCUUGCGUCUCACUCAGCUCUUUAUGCGUUCCACGUCGCAGGAGUUGCCGGACUCCAUCUCCGACUUGGAUUUCAGAGUUGCCUUCUCUUAGAUUUGUUGCCAUCCACGAUAAGCGGGUUCCAUCCACCCGGGGUGCUGGUGUUGUUUUUGGCUGUCCAGGCUUUUGCACGGGAUUGUACCCCGGUCCACAAGCCUAGGAUCCACUCAGUUUAGGCCGUUCAGUAGCCCAGCACUCUUUUAACAGUCUCUAUCGGCGUUUACUCCUUAAAUUAUUCCUUAAAGUUGCAGUGCUCCAAAGGCUAUUAACUUUUUAUACGGUCUUUUUUUUUCUAUUUUCGUGACUAAUCUAAACACCAAUAUUUAAGUGUUUCGUGCUGGUUUCUAACGCUAUUUUGCGCCCAUCAUACAAGUUGAUAUUACCUACACUUGCAGCACACACCCUCUUGUGAGUCAUUUACAAUGGGUCACUCCAUUUAAUCUGGUUAUCCUCAUAGGACACGCCGUGAUGUUCGAUGCAGUUUUUACAUUUAUCGCAAAUAACAAAUCUCUAGGUGCGUCUGCAUACACGUAUGUAAUGCUGUGUUUAAUAGGCGCGCACAAUAAAAUAAGUGCUCACAAAUUAAUUGGGAUUCAUAUGAAAUGCGUUAAUUGAAUGCAUGUUUUGUCAAGUAACUUUAGGAGAUGGGAAGUUAAUGCAUUACCGCCGCCAUUGUUCGGCAGGUUAUUUACAGUAUUCAAUAUGUAUUAGACACCUUUUCAAUGCCGCCGGUCAACCUUGCUCCACGAUGUGUUUGGUGUUUCAUGUCUAAGGUACACAUUCGGCCAACCCGUAUCAGGAAUUGUCGAACUUCACGCGGGAUACAAUGUUCCACUGCAGCCUGAUGCGUGUGGCGGGUACGGGACACAGACAACGCAGAUUUCAUUUGAGGUAAUGAAGGAGUAGUUUUUUUAACGACAAUAAAGCUUCUAAUUUAAGACUGAUCGAGUACUCAGCUGUACUGUUACGCCGUUGAUGAGAUUCUUUCCUGAACGCGUAAAGCUGAGUUUGAAAGUGUGAUUUAUGUGUACGUUCCUCUUUGUAACUGAGCCGGUGGAAAUAACGCUGUUUGAACAUUGUUGAAAUUGCUUUAGAAAAUGUGAUUUACGUUAACAAAUAAGCUAUGCGCAUUAAACAGAGGCCUGCAUUGUCCGAAUGUUGUUGCCCCACAGAUCAACGGAGAAAGCUCGUUUACAAUCGCCAGAGAAGACUUAGAGAGGGCCGCGUACAUCUAUGACGGGUCGGAGGUCAGGGUGACCGCUUUUGUCACAGAGGCAACCACAGGUCAAUAAUCCUUUUUAAUCCAUUAUUAAACUUUCGUUUCUUGCGUGCAAAGUUUGAAGGUUAUGAAAGAAAAUAUGAUUUGGAAAAAAAAAAAAUUUCAACGGAAAGGCGGAGAAACAAGUUAUUCUCCAUUUAAAAGCACCUUGCAAAAACUAAGCAAAUUUGCAAAAGACACUUCCACUCAAUCUACAAAAUCUUCUGUAGGGACGGAGGUAAGCCAAAACAAUCUAAGAUAAUUCAUUACUCUUAAAGUACAGUAUAUCAUUCAAGGAAAAUCAAAAUUUUAUGUAUUGAAGUAAGGUAGUGUAUAAGCUAUUUUAAAAAUCUUCUUACAUUGCAAAAAAAAAAAAUUAAAAAAACAACAAAAAACUCUCAGUAGUUCUUACAAGUAUUCAUAUCAAUCACAAUAAUUCUCUUUGAAUGAAAGUAUGGUGUGAUGGUGAGCUCAGUACCGCGCUAAGUAUAAUUCCCGAUAACUGCGCUAAAUGAUAUACUUAAAACACCGUAAGUGCAUUUGGUGCGAAUUACUUUCUUUUGCUUUACGGAAAUAGUCUAAAUUUAAAUAUGAUGUAAUAAAUCAGCGUUCUAAAAGGGCCGAGAAAUUAAAGUAUUAACAUAUUAUAGGGGCAUACAUAUGUUUUCGGGGGCUUACAUCUGAAAAAGGGGUGGGGGAAGGGGUUGGGGGAAGGGGGUGGUGGUGUGGGGGGGGGAGCACUUAUUGGGAUGCUAAUAAAGUGCAUGGCUUGUUUGUAUGUUUUGUCCGGUAUUUUUAGUAGAUGGGAAGUUCACGCAUUGUCGCCGCCAUUGUUUGGCCGGGACAUCAUGUGGUGUUAGAAGGAGCUAAACUAGGCUGGAGUACCGCGCUGUAUAAAACCAAUAAUAAUAGUAAUAAACUAUUCAUGAAACGCUUUACAAAAAUAAAUUAAGAGUCUUUCAUACAAUGGUAGGGAUUUUCUAAGCGAAUCCAUUUUAGUACGAUAAAAUGAAUCUUCUUAUUUCAAAGUAUAUGUUAUUUUGUAUAUGUAUCUAAAAAAAAGAUACUGUCUUUAAAUUUAAAAGCAAGAACCAUUUCAGGGGCAGAAACAAAUUUGGGUUAUGAUUUUCUUUAAAUAGAUAUAAAUAUUGUUUUCAAUUUUGCUCAAAAUAUCAUUUAGUAGCUAGGUUACAUAAUUUUAUGAUAUAUCUUUAAAGAAUCAUGUCUUUUAGACGUGAAAAUUUGAUAAGAGAUUUGUCUUUAAGUUUAAUAAUUUUGUUUCUAACAAUUGUACAAUAUGUUUCUGCAGCGCGGCAGGAUCGGUAAAUGAAAAUCAAAAUAAAAAAUGAUACAGAUAUUUAAAAUGUUUCACAAAAUUUCCUUUAAAUUAAAGACAUACUUUUACGAGUUUUUGAAAAUACAUUUUCUUUUCUUUAUAAGUUCACGGGCUAGAAGAUUGGUUCGAUUUUCCUAUAUUAUAUAGAAUAAGAACAUCAUCAAAAUUCAAAUGUGUGAGUAAUGCCAAUAUGAAGACAUGGAUUCAUCUAUAAAAAUAACGAAAUUCCAUUUUAAUAUUUCCUAAAUAUAAAGGCCGCUAUAAAUGUUCAGUUUUGUUGUUGCGUUAGGUUGUUUUUUUUUGUUGUUGUUGUUGUUUUUUUUUGGGGGGGGGUUGAGGAUACAAUGCAGGAAAACUCAAUUCAUUUACAUUGAUAAACAUUCGUGUUUAGAUUUUAAAACUUGACAAGACUGUGCGGAAAGUAGCUCAGUGUCUUUUCUUUUAUCACACCCGGUAACAACGGAUCAUAUAUUCUAGUAUUUAACAUGGAAGUUUGUGAGUUCUAACAUAAAACUUUCUAGACACCAAAACAUUCUUGAUAUGCUAGAGAUUAAAAUAUUCAGUCACCGGGGCUUAAAAUUCAAAUGUUCACACACAAACACACACCACUUUUGAAAAUGGGAAUAUAUGUGCGAUACCCGGGUGACGCAUGUGGCAUGUUCCUCUAUCAACUUCAAUGUUCGUAAAGCGUUUGCAGAUUGGCAGUUCCAUUUCAAUGUAAAAUACCAAGUAGUCCUGCCUCUCACGAGAGCUCGUCAUUUCUUCCCUGUAUUCUGUCAAAUUUUAAAUGAUAUGGAACAUUUUUUUUUUGCGGCGCAAUGUAAUACUUUUUUUUUUAAAUUUGAUACUGCAGGCGUCAGACUGAAUGGCACCAGUGUGAUUAAAUUUUACCAAAACCAAUUUCAAGUCUGGUUUCUGGAUACAACUCCGAACGUCUUCAAACCUGGACUACCGUACACUGCAUUUGUAAGUUAUCAAUGCACUAUAUAAAGUUUUGUACGCGUUACGAUUCCAGAAAGGAAUAAUUUACUGCAAAAAAAUCAAUAAGUUAAUAAACAUAUAAGCAAAAGUAAUUCUGUCUAUUCACCCCUUCGAGAGCUUCGCUCCUCUGCAGACAUGCGUAUUCUGUCCGUUCCCAAGACACACACUAAAACAUAUGGUGAACGAUCUUUCUUUUUCUGCGCCCCCAAACAAUGGAAUUCUUUGCCACUACAAAUACGCAAUAUACCAACCACCCAGGCCUUCAAAACUGAACUCAAAACACAUCUUUUUAAAUUAUACUACCCUGACUGAUUCCCCUCCUCUGACCGAUAAAUGAUCUUGCUGGCUGCCGUCCAUGGUUUGCCUUGUAAAAGUUAUGUGUUGAGGUGGGUGAAUAUACAUUUUUGUUUGCUGUUCUUUAUUUCAUUAAUGUACUUUAUUUUAAUGUCAUGAUUAUGUCUCUUAUGAUAAAAUUUUUAUGUACAGCGCGGUGAGCCCAGCCCUAGGCUGGGGUACCGCGCCAUAUAAGACCCCUUAUUAUUAUUAUUAUUAUAAUAUCUAAUAACCGAGUUGCCUUUAAGUUGCUUAAGUAAACAACAUUCGAGCCACUUGUCAGCGCAGCAAUCAUCAAGAGCUCAUAGUUAUCGAAUAUUAAUAGUACAUAUUUUUUAUAAAAAGACCAUUGGUACACAUAUUUACCUUGAUUAGGGAAAUUAAACACUGGGUCCAUAGAUAAUUCUAAACUACCAAAACAUCUGCAGAGUUUUAAUAAUAAACGUAAAAGCCCGCUUUUUCCAAGCUCCGAAAUAACAGUUACUUUGAAUUUCGUUUUUGUUGUUGUUUUUUUUUUGCUCUAUAUAUUAUAGUCACAAAACGUUGAAAUGUGCCUCCACCGGUUUCCUUACACACGAAUCGUCAACUGAAUUCAGUUACAUUUUCCUUACAGAUAAAAUUAUGCAUAUGUAAUGUCUAAAAUUGUUUAAUGUUCUAAUGGUAUUGUCAUUUUCGUAUGUUUGAGAUGCAGUGACCAAUCAAAACGUGUUAAAAUUAUAAUAUAAACAUAAUUUAAAGUUGUAUGCACACAGAAAAAGAAAUUGAUCCGUUUUUUGAAUAGUAAUAUUUGUUCUAUAUUAAUCAAUUUUUUCAAAAAGUGAAACCAAUUUAUUUCAGAAUAUUAGCCACUUUUAGAGAGAGCUCAUUUGAACCAAUCAUAUUAAAAUAUAAAUUGAGAAUAAAGGUAUUCAAAACAGGUUUCUAAAGCAUAUUCUCCUCGGUCUCCAUUUAGGUAGCUGAAUCUUUUGGCAACUGUUGAAAUUCUAAGUUUUGUGAUCUUGAACAGCGGUCACAAAGCGCGUUGAUUGGGUUGAAUGGGUUCAGUGGGUGGAGUUUGAUGUCAAAUGUGUACUUUACCAAACGAUUUAUCACUGUUUGAUAUAUAUAUAUAUAUAUAUAUAUAUAUAUAUAUAUAUUUAAAUCAUUGCAUAUAAAUAUAUUUCACGCUAUAUAUCUGAGUGUCCAGCCCCGACAGAAUGCCUCCACCUCACAAAGCGCGUUGAUUGUGUUGUGUGGGUUCAGUGUGUGGAGUUUGAUGUCAAAUGUGUAUUUUAUCAAACGAUUUAUCUCUGUUUUAUAUAUAUAUAUAUAUAUAUAUAUAUAUAUAUAUAUAUAUAUAUUUAAAUCAUUGCAUAUGAAUACAUUUCACGCUCUAGAUCCGAGUGUCCAGCCCCGACAGAAUGCCUCCACCUGGAAGUAACAACGUCAUAUCUGUCUACACUUACGUCGAGUAUACAACGAAACUGCCCGACCAAGGGCUUUACGCCGCAUAUUCGUUCUCAGGGACGUACCCACUCCCGGGACAAAACCUGACAUUGCCUGCCAGCGGCCUGUUGUCCGUCGAUAUUAACAUACCCACGAAUGCCACAUCUAUCAACAUCAAGGUGGGUCAUGUAAUAAGCCAUCGCAUAGCACAAUCCCAUUGUCGUGUAAUAAUGCAUGACAUAGAACAAUCUCAUUGUCAUGUAAAAAUCCAUCACACAGCACACUCCCACUGUCAUGCAAUAUGCCAUCACAUAGCCCAAUCCCAUUGUCAUGUAGUAAUCUAUGACAUAGCGCAAUCCCAGUGUCGUAAUAAUCCAUGACAUAGCACUAUUACACUUUAAUAUUUUUUAAAAAAGUUUUAAUAUAUUUUUGGAGCGACGUGUGUCCCUUUCACAUGUCCCGACCCCUCCUUCAUUAUUUUUUACGAACGUAGACAUUUUCGGUACUAUGAACAAAUUUCCAUUCAGUGUCAUCAUUAACACGACUUUUUAACCCAUUGUACCAUUAAUAAUGGCAUACAUUUAACUAGAAGGAAAUAAUCGUUUCGAUUUCCAUAUUUUGAAAUGUGUUAUAGUUGUCGAAAAUUGUAAAAAUUCAAGGGAACAAUUGGUAAACCCUUGAGCUCAUCCAUUAGUUCAGAAAUAAAUAAUUAAAUAAGAACAGCUUUUUCAACCACGUUGGAUUAGGCCUUUAUUUCAAUGAAUGAGAUCCACUGUAUUAUAACAGAUAUAUUAUCUUUUACGUUAACUACAUUUUUAAUUUUUUUUUUAAAUUGAAGUUUUUAGCAGCGAGUAUGAAAGUGCUUCUUACUUUAGAAAACGGAUGCUAGCUCGGGUCAUGGUGAAGUGCCUGUUCAAGACCAGUCACCUUAAGUCAGCAGUCCUUAACCUGUGGGUCGCGACUUCUUUUGGGGUCGAAUAACCCUUACACAUGGGUCGCCUAGGACUGUUAGAAAAGACAUAUUUAGGAAGUGGCAGCGAAAAUAAUUGUAUGGUUGGGGGGGGGGUCACCCCAAAAUGAGGAACUGUAUUAAAAGGGUCGCGGCAUUAGGAAGGUUGAGAACCACUGCCUUAAGUGAUUAGAUAGCCCAGCCCCACGUGGUCGUUCACUAUUCGAACUGGCUACCUCAUGAUGUUCCGUCAAGGAAAGUUAUCACCAAGUUCGAAAUAGAUUCAAGAUAUGCAAUGAAACCUGGGAAUAACGGACGGGGAUUUAGCGCCGUCUCUGGCAUAUGGGCUAACUCACCCUGGCACUGAAGGAUUUCUGAACACUGACUGAACUUGAAAAUAGCACAUUCCCUUUAAAUAACACCACUUUUGCUUCAGUCCCAAGUUUUGGCGUUAUUUCCAACUUUUAUUGUCUUUUUUUUUUUUUUUUUUUUUAGAAAAAGAAAGAAGAUUUCUUUGUUUUGUGCACCAUAGAAAGUUAUAUUGGCAUUACUUAUGCACAGCCAUCUGUGCACCAGCGAUAAUGUUUUCAUUUUUUUUUUUUUUUUUUUUUUUUUUUUAGAAAAAGAAAGAAGAUUUCUUUGUUUUGUGCACCAUAGAAAGUUAUAUUGGCAUUACUUAUGCACAGCCAUCUGUGCACCAGCGAUAAUGAUUUCAUGACGAGCUUUUUUUUUCAGGUGACAUUUGGUUCCAUUGUUAUCACAAAAUCUGUUUAUAAGGCGUACUCGAAGAGUGCUAAUUACAUUCAGUUGUCGCUGUUGGACAAAAACAUUAAGGUAUGAUAUUAAGAUUAACUUAUUACACAUUUUUUUUUAAUUACAAACUGGCAAAUAAAUGCAAGAUGCGAGUAAAUGUAUGCAAUUCAUUUUUCCACUCGUGGAUAAGUAGGAUUUAAAAACUAAAAACACAAAAUUUUUCUAAAAAAUUUAAAACUCCUAGAAAAUUGCAAGAAAUAACCGAAAGAAUAGGAAAUAAGCAUUUAUUAAACAAAGGUGAAUGUCUAAUGGUCUUUCCUAAGAUAAAAGAAUAUGAACAGUCACAACUGAUGAGUUAUGAAAGCGAAAGUUUAGAUGAUGAAUUCUUUAACAGAAACACGGCCGAAAAAUAACUUAGCAGCAUGGAAGAAAAAAAGUGGUCACUGCUGAAAAUUAUAGAAUGGUUGGGUAUUAAGUCAAGGGUUGGGUAUUAAGUCAAAGGUUGGGUAUUAAGUCAAGGGUUGGGUAUUAAGUCAAAGGUUGGGUAUUAAGUCAAGGGUUGGGUAUUAAUUCAAAGGUUGGGUAUUAAGUCAAGGGUGGGGUAUUAAGUCAAAGGUUGGGUAUUAAGUCAUGGGUGGGGUAUUAAGUCAAAGGUUGGGUAUUAAUUCAAAGGUUGGGUAUUAAGUCAAAGGUUGGGUAUUAAGUCAAAGGUUUGGUAUUAAGUCAAAGGUUGUGUAUUAAGUCAAAGGUUUGGUACUAAGUCAAAGGUUGGGAAUGAGGUCAAGGGUUUGGUAUAAAGUCAAGGGCUGAAGAUUUCGAGGUUUCAGCUAAGGUCAAGGGUCUGAUAUCAAGUCAAGGGUUUGAUAUGAAGUCAACGGUUUGAUAUGAAGUCAAAGGGUUGACAUGAAGUCAAGGUUUUGUUAUAAAGUAAAGGGAUUGAUAUGAAGUCAAUGGUUUGGUAUGAAGUCAAGGGUUGGAUAUGAAGUCGAGGAUUUGAUAUGAAGUCAAAGGUUAGAUAUGAAGUCAAUGGUUUGGUAUGAAGUCAAGUGUUUGAGAUGAAGUCAAGACUUUGAUAUGAUGUCAAGGGUUUAGUAUGAAGUCAAAGGUUUGAUAUGAAGUCCAGUGUUUGAUAUGAAGUCAAGGGUUUGAUAUGAAGUCAAGGGUUUGAUAUGAAUUUAAUGGUUUAGUAUGAAGUCAAGGGUUAGAUAUGAAGCCAAGUGUUUAGUAUGAAAUCAAGGUUUUAGUAUGAAGUCAAGGUUUUCACAGAAAAGCAUUAGAUGGUAAUCUUACACUGAAGGAGCAGGUGAUUGAACAACAAGAACAACUGUGUUUUUAACAGCACUUAACCUGGGUGCAUUGUUGUUUGGUAUCUAUGUUGAAAGACAUUGCAAUUAUAAUUAUGUUUCAUCAUUCUUCAUUUUCAAAAUAUUUAUUCAAUAGUCAGGGCAGUUCGUAAGGGUGAAAGUUGAAGGCACUGAGCCAUUGCUUCAACUGACAUAUGAGGUAAGACUCCUGUAUUUAUUGCAUUUAUUGUUAUUUCAGUUAACGUUGUUCGGGACAAUAUUAUUUAUUUUUAAAAAAUAGUUUGAAAUAGAUGCAAUACACCUCGAGGUGUCACCAACUAUCACAGAUAUUAAGAAUGUCUGAACCACUAACGGGAGACACGUAAAAGUCUUAAUAUGUAUUGUUCAUAAUGCACAGAGUGUUGGGACUGGAGAGGAAUUGGCCAAUAAAAGUGGCACGGGCACCAUUUCAAGGGGGGGGGGGAAGGGGGGCAUAACCAAAAUUUGAUCAGCUUUUUAAGUUGUUUACUACUUGAGGCGCCACAGUACAUAGCAAUUUCAAUAAAACUUGCAAAUUAAAGGGGGAGAGGGGGAGUUGGUGGCGGGCAAUUGCAUUUUAGUGUUAAAAGUCUAUGUAAAGGUUAAAUUUUUUACUACUUUAUAACUUUUCAUAAAUGUUUUUUUUUUUUUUCAAAAAUUUAAAAAAAGAAAGCUAAAGUUUAAUGUAAUUUUAGAAAAUUUUAGCAAUUUAAAAAGUCAUCUAUUAUAUUCAUCAAUUUUACUUUUAGGAGGGGGAAAAUACAUUAUCAGUUUUGUCACCCACGGUUAUAAAAUCAAAGAAACUUAGAUCAAUAUUAGCAAUGCACUAAAAUACGUACUAAGAAUAACAGAUGUUUUGAUUUUCCCGAUACAUGUGAUUAAGAUGCAAUUCUCAGAUCAUACUAUUUUAAUUAAUUUUUUUUUUCAUAACAUUUACAUUCGGAAAAUAUGCUUUUAAACAUUCCUUAUUUGAUGCAUUAAAUGUAUUUGUAAUUUAUAAUAAUAAGACUUAAACUUUUACUAAAAUAAAAGCGGAUUUAAAAUAUUUUUUGCGCAUUUAAAUGUAUUCCUUUUCCGUAAAAUAAUAGAAAAUAACUAUGAUUGUUUAUAGGAAUCCGAACGUACUUAAAUGGUAUCGCUUCUUUUGCGCUCUGUCACUGUGGCUCAUUCUUAUAUAUAUAUUACAUAUAAUAAAAAAAUGUCAACAGGAAGUCUUAGUAAAAAAUGUGCCAAAAAUUUACUAAAUAAGACAACAGAGACAGUAUCAAGUUAUUGUUGAUAACUUUAUCAUGUAAGAGUGUGUAAACCCGAGGAAAUUCAUAUUUCUGUGAAACCUAUUUAUCAUGGUGGAUGUCGAUUUUAAAACGAGUCCCUUUUUUAACCCCGUGCUUUCGGGCAUUCUUUAUAACUAUAUAUAUAACAGUGACACCAUUUAAAGGACAGAUGACUGCUCCGAUUGAUCAGAUGUCCAUUGAUAGCAAUGAUGCAACUGGAGCACACGUGGGAUUUGAAGCAUUGUGUAUGAUGUAACUGGAGCAUACUCAGGAUUUGAAGCAUUGUGGAUGAUGUAACUCAAGCAUACGUGGGAUUUGAAGCAUUGUGGAUGAUGUAGCUGGAGCACACGUGGGAUUUGAAGCACUGUGGAAGAUGUAGCUGGAGCACACGUGGGAUUUGAUGCAUUCUGUAUGAUGUAACUGGACCACACGUGGGAUUUGAAGCAUCAGAAUAUUCUAUACCAUUAAGGCAAUUAAUCUCCUCGCGAAAACAUAAGCAGUGCAUUGAAAACACAUUCGUUCGAGUUCAAUUUAUUUAUAAAAUAUCUGCAUUAUCGUUUUACCUUGCGGUAAGAAAUAUAUUUGUACUCUCGGACAAGGUGUUAUUAACAAGUGCUUAAAUGACAAGCUUGCUGGAAGAAAUUGAUGUGUACUCUCCGACAAUGUGUUUUCAUGUGUUAAAUUACAAGCUUGCUGGAAAAAAAAUUGAUUUGUAUUCUCAAACAAGGUAUUUUUUACCAGUGUCAAAAUUAUUCUCUUGCUGGAAGAUAUUGAUGUGUUCUCUCGAACAAAGUAUUUUUUACUAGUGUCAAAAAAUAUAAGCUUGCUGGAAGAAAUUGAUGUGUUCUCUCGAAAAUAUGUUUACAAUAGUUAAAAUUACAAAACACUACAACUUAUCUAGAUCAUCAUGUACUAGCCGUUUUAAUGACUUAAACAUUUUUUCAAACUAAAACUUUAAUUCAAGUAAUUAACGACAGUGCGACUUCAAUUUUACCCAGGUUGUAUCCAGAAGCUCAGUUGUGAACAUUGGGCGAAUAGAUGGGAACGGUGACAAAGAAUUGACAUUCACACUGAAAGUGACCCCCUCAAUGGCUCCGACCGCCUAUCUUGUUGUCUACUACGACAGGAACAAUGAUGAAAUAGUGGCAGACAUUCUGGCGUUUACUGUGGAUGGUCUUUUUGACAAUAAGGUAUGGUCGUUCAAUAAAGUUUUGACAAAGUAAUGUGUUCUCUAACAUUUAAAAAAAACAACAACAGUAUUUCUCGUUCUAUAAAAAUUGUGCCUCUAAAUUUUUGUUCAGGUAUCCGUAGCUUUCAGUACCAACGAAACAAAGCCAGGUCAGAAGGUAAAUGUCGUUGUCACUGCUGACGCGGAGUCACAAGUUCACAUUCUGGCUAUAGAUCAGAGUGUGUUGUUGCUUAAAGCCGGAAAUGACAUCACAUCUGAUAAGGUAAAAAAUCUCAAAAUUGAGCUUGUCAUCUCAUUAUAAGAAUUUAUCCACAAUGACAUGAAAAUUGUUGCAAUAGUAAAAUCAUUUUUUUUUCUUUUAUUGACUUAAAACACUAUAUUUAACGAUGAUAUAGAUUUGACUAAAAAAUAAACUUUCUGUUUGAGCAUUGGCUCUGUUAAGUGCAUACGGAAUUUAUCAAGCCUUUACUUGUGUACAAGGAUAGCAACACUAAGUUCUUAAUUACAGUUUGAAAUUUUAGUGUAUAAUCAAGAGACCAUAUGUAAGCAAUUAAUUUCUGGACUUGCUGGCUCUACGCUGAUCCAACAACGGAACCGUCUGUCACAGCAAUUCAUUUUGCUGGAUAUUCUGCAAUAUUGCACUGCACUCUUUUUUUAAAGGUGGCGUCCUUCUACAAAGAUUUCCUUUUCUUGCAGAAAUAUUGAAAAGUGUUCAAUGCGUAUGCAUUUUGGUGUUUCAGAAAUGCUAAAUGGCUUACUGCUAUUAUUUUCAAGAAACUGUGCUAAAUUUUUGUUUUUGUUUUUUUUUUGUUGUUGAAGAAAUCGAUCAGACUUUUACUUAAUGGUUUCAUGUCUCAGUGUAUAACAAUGUCGGACUUAUAUUUAAUGUUUUCAUGUGUUAAUGUAUUACAAUAUCAGACUUGUACUUAAUUGUUUCAUAUCUCAAUUUAUUACAAUGUGAGGCUUGUACUUAAUUGUUUCAUAUCUCAAUUUAUUACAAUGUGAAGCUUGUACUUAAUGGUUUCAUAUCUCAAUUUAUUACAAUGUGAGGCUUGUACUUAAUGGUUUCAUAUCUCAAUUUAUUACAAUGUGAGGCUUGUACUUAAUGGUUUCAUAUCUCAAUUUAUUACAAUGUGCGGCUUGUACUUAAUGGUUUCAUAUCUCAAUUUAUUACAAUGUGAGGCUUGUACUUAAUGGUUUCAUAUCUCAAUUUAUUACAAUGUGAGGCUUGUACUUAAUGGUUUCAGCACUCAUUGUAUAACAAUAUUAGACGUGUACUUAAUGGUUUCAUAUUUCAAUGUAUUACAAUGUCAGACGUGUACUUAAAGCUUUUAUAUUUCAAUUUAUUACAUUGUCAGAGUUGUACUUUGUACUUAAUGGUUUCAAGUCACAAUGUAUUUCAGUAUGUUCGGCUAUACAUGUCUUUAAAUAUCUUCUUUGUGUAUUAUAUCGAUCAAUCUUUGGAAAAUCGAUAUGAACCUAUGCCUUUAUUUUGAAAAAAAUAAAUAUGUUGAUCGUUAUUAAACGAUGUAUUUAAAUAUUUCAAACGCAACAUACUUAAAUUGCAUAAACAUUUAAAUACAUUAUAAUCAAACGAAUUUUGUGACAUGUUAGACUACUUAAAAGCAAAUAAACCCUUUUGACGUGUUUCAGGUGAAAAAUGUUUUAUUAAAUUAUAAUGAUGUUCAAGCAAAAAGGGACUCGGAUUCAGCGUGGUCGUAUAGUGCAAAGACGGUGACACAGCUCUUUAAUGUAAGUGAAGAAUAGACAAGAUAAUCCUUUAAAAAUAUGUUAUUUGUCCCCACUCCCUCAUUCUCCCCUCUCCUCUUCUGCAUCUCAAUCUCGCGCUGCUAAUGUCAUGACAAUGAUGAUAGUUGAAUAUUUGAUACCAUGAGCCGCGACACAAAGUCCUCUAAUGCAAUGACGAGCAAGAGACAAAUUGCGCCGCGACACAAAGUCCUCUAAUGCAAUGACGAGCAAGAGACAAAUUGCGCCGCGACACAAAGUCCUCUAAUGCAAUGAUGAGCAAGAGACAAAUUGCGCCGCGACACAAAGUCCUCUAAUGCAAUGACGAGCAAGAGGCACAUUGAGCCGCGACACAAAGUCCUCUAAUGCAAUGACGAGCAAGAGACAAAUUGCGCCGCGACACAAAGUCCUCUAAUGCAAUGAUGAGCAAGAGACAAAUUGCGCCGCGACACAAAGUCCUCUAAUGCAUUGACGAGAAAGAGGCAAAUGGUGCCGCUGGCGUGUACUAAAACAUAGGACCUGGUGUAAUCGGGAUAAAAAUGGCAGGCAUAUGGCGCUCCUUUCAAUCCAAGAUACGUCCCACAUCUUCUAGAGAUAAGUCCCAUCAUCUAAAAACUUGGAAUUUUCAGAAUAUAACCGAAACGAGCUUUUAGGUUAUUUUUUUAAAUCAAAAUACAAUUUUAACGACCUUGAAAUGAAUAUUUACGUAACAGUUAAUUUGACUUACGUUAUUUUUACAGUGGAAUCUAUUUAUAGAUAUUUACCUUUCUGAUAUCAUUGGGUUUUUAGAUAUUUUUCUGCGAAAUCUAUAUACCAUUUUAAAUACCCGUAGCACCAAUGGAUUUUGAUAAAUUAGUAUCUUCAUUAUAAAUUUACCCAAUUUUUGCCUCGCUCUUGAUCGAUAUUACUGAAAAAUCUUUAAAAAACAGACUGAUUAAAUUAAAUGACGAAUCCCUUCUCAUAUUUCCACGUCCAUAAGAUGAGUGUUGUUACAUCCUUUAUAUUGCCCUCACUUUUGUUCAUGGGGUGGCUGGCUGGCAGACUCACAAAAUCUUCGGAAUGUUAUUUGACCCACUUCCCGUGCAGCUGAAAACCUAGCAUGUGGACUCGUUGCCGAUGGCAACACAAUAAUUUUAAACCAACCCCUAACACCAAUGCCCCAAAAAAUCAGUUUACCGUGUUUUUCAAAGUGGAAAAUAAAAUGAAAUUGCCCAAAUAUCUGCGCUAAAUUUUUGUUUUUCCUUCCAAAGUUAUUGGUAGAAGAAAGCUGCCGUGUUGAAGCGGUUGUGAAUGAGGACCGUAAUGUAGUUCCAGGGCGUGAAAAAGAAAAUGAGGGUUGCGAGCCUUGGGGUCCGGUGGGGAGCAGAGGCGUAGCGAGGGUGUUUGGCGCCCGGGGACAAGAUUCGCGCCCAGGGACAAUAUCCAUUUUAAAGCGCCCCUUUUUUCUUUUUUUCAACCCUCAAACCCAUUAUUUUUACCAAUAAUAUAAUAUCAAAGCACAUUUUGGCGCCACUAACUAGCUUGCGCCCGGGGACAUCUGCCCCCCCUGCCACGCCCUCGCUACGCCUCUGGGGAGGAGCACUAAUUGGUAUUCUUAUAAAGUGCUUUACUUGAAUGCAUGUUUUCUCGAAUCUUCAGCCCUUUCCCCACUGCACGAUACUACAUUUUUUGUACAGGAUUUAUACCAAAAAGUUCGUUUUUAGAGGAUUGUCUAAAUUUUUUUUCCAUAGAAGCUAUAAUUCCCUAGUUUCGAUUUAGUUUUAUUUGUGGGUAUGUAAAAUAUGUUUUACAAAAUUUAGUUUAUAGAUUUUAAUUGAUUAUUUUUAGGAUAUUGGUUUUGCCGUCCUGAGUGACCUGCCACUCUACAAUCCAGAGCCUGGUAAUAAAUUUCAUCUUUAA